AAGGAAGAACAGUUGGAGCAGCAAGACACACCUGAGAAAGCUACCUGAGAAAAGCGCUAUAUUCCAGAAUAUUCUGAAGAAAACGCUUCAUCAUGGCACGACUGACCAUCCUGGCUGGAUUGGCACUUCUGAUGUGUCUUCAGACUGUCUAUUCCACCAAACUGGUGUGCUACUUUACCAACUGGUCCCAGUACAGACCGGGGGUUGGAAAAUACACCCCUGACAACAUAGAUCCAAACCUCUGUACGCACCUCAUCUAUGCCUUCGCCAUUAUCAGCUCCUCCAAUGAGCUGUCUACGUUUGAGUGGAACGAUGAUGUUAUGUAUAAAUCCUUCAAUGCACUGAAGAACAGAAACCCUCAGCUGAAAACUCUGCUGGCUGUCGGUGGGUGGAACUUUGGAACAACACAAUUCAGCCUCAUGGUCUCAUCUCCGGCCAACCGUCAGGUGUUCAUCCAGUCUUCCAUCAAAUUUCUGAGACAACAUGGCUUUGAUGGACUAGAUCUGGACUGGGAGUACCCGGGAUCACGAGGAAGCCCACCAGAGGACAAGAAAAGGUUCACAUUACUCUGCCAGGAAUUACUUGCUGCCUUUGAGAGGGAAUCUGCUGAGACCAAAAAGCAGAGACUGCUGCUCACAGCUGCUGUGGCGGCUGGAAAGGGAACUAUUGAUAACGGCUAUGAGAUUGCUACUGUGUCCAAUUAUCUAGACUUUGUAAGCGUCAUGACUUACGACUUCCAUGGAGCCUGGGAUUCAUUCACUGGCCACAACAGCCCUCUAUACAACAGCUCUGUCAUGCAUGGUCAACAUAUCUACUACAAUGUUGACUUUGCCAUGAGAUACUGGAGAGAUCAAGGAGCUCCUCUAGAAAAGCUGCUGGUUGGUUUUCCCGCAUAUGGUCGCACAUUUCACACAUCAUCAGCAGCUAGUGGUGUUGCAGCAUCAGCCAGUGGACCAGGCACUGCUGGGCCCUACACCCGAGAAGCAGGAAUGUUGUCCUACUAUGAGGUUUGCACUUUCCUUGAUGGAGCCACCACUCACUGGAUUGAGGAACAAAAGGUUCCCUAUGCAGUCAAAGGCAAUGAAUGGGUGGGAUUCGACAACAAGCAGAGUUAUGAAAUCAAGGCAGAGUAUGUGAAAGAUAACAACUACGGCGGAGCAUUCGUCUGGUCUCUGGAUAUGGACGACUUUUCUGGACAAUUCUGCGGUCAGGGAAACUAUCCUCUCAUUGGAUAUCUCCGCUCUCGUCUGGAUUCAGUGACUACUUCCAGCGAUACCCCAAACCAGCCUGGCGUUCGUGCAACCACAGCAUCUCCUGGCAUGAAAACUCCCAAACCAACCAGAUCUCCUGUUUUUGGGCGUAAUUUCUGUGUAGGCAAGCGUGAUGGUAAUUACGUCAAUGAAUAUGAUAGACACACCUUCUAUCAGUGUGUCGCCGGAAUCACGUACAUACAGAGAUGUCCUGCUAAUUUGAUUUACAAUGACAGAUGCGACUGUUGCGUAUAUAAUAGAUGAUUCAGUCAAGCUUUUGCGGAUUUAAAUGCUGGAUGGACAGCAUCAAUGUAAUGUCCUCUCUCGCUCUACAACUGUGUUCUUGCUGAAAAAGUUUAACACCUUUAUUUAAAAACUCAAAAGGAGAUUUGUUUUUUCAUAUCUGCCAAGAUGUUUCAAGUGUACUGAAGUAAUUUGUAAUGUGUGGAGACAUGUAUACCUUUUAAUAAAUUUUCCUGUUUUUGCUUCCUCAAA